ACUGAGGCAAAAAUCGUCAGUUUAGCGAAGCGAAUCCACGAUGCAUCUACUGACAAUAGUCUCCGCCCUGGUCUGCAUUGGUCUAUCCACCCAGCAGUCCAACUACUGCAGCCCGAGCCUUUGCUCCAAUGGAGGCCCCCACAUCGCGUGCAACGGACUGACCAAGCUGUCCGCCUCGUGUGGUUCCGGAUCUCAGGAAUUCUCACUAACCACCGUCAAUCAGGCUCUCAUCGUGGACCUGCACAAUAAACUUCGCAGCACGAUCGCUUCCGGCAAGCAAAGUUACAAAACAAAUGCAUUCUAUCCACAAGCAUCGAGGAUGGCAACACUGCAAUGGGACCAAGAGUUAGCGAAUAUUGCUGCUGCCAACGCGAGACGGUGCGUCUACGGACACGACCGUUGCCGGAACACGGUGAAAUUCCCGUAUGCUGGACAAAAUAUCGCCAUGAAGUGGUACUAUGGAAUGACUUUUGGCGUGAACGAGUUAAUCACCGGUUUUGUCAACGAUUGGUAUUCAGAGUUCAAGGACGCUAACCCCAGCGUUAUCGCCAAAUAUCCAAGUUCGUGGACUGGACCCCAAAUCGGACACUUUACGCAGAUCGUUUCCGAUCGAACCACGCGGGUUGGGUGCGCCAUGGUGCGUUUCAAGGAGGGUCAGUACACGAAGGACUAUAUAGUAUGCAAUUACGCGCUCACAAAUAUCAUCAACCAACCGGUUUAUGUCGCAGGAACGGCCUGUUCCAAAUGUACGACGGGUUGCAAUUCCAAAUAUCCAGGAUUGUGUAACCAAAACGAGAACAUUGUAGCUAAGCCGUAAGAGUAAUAAAACUAAUUCGAACCAUUCAAA